CCCAAAACUAAAGGAGAAAAAGGAAAUGUAGAAAGAGUACAACCUACCAAUUUAUUCAAAUCUAUGAGUGAGUUCCACUGUCUCACUAACAGCACUGAAAUGUGUGUAAAACUAUUUCAAAAUCUGUAUUUCAGGAGCUGAUGUUGGAGCACUAGUGUAAUUAUGUUCCACCUUUCUGUAGUUGACUUUUUAAUUGUAAUAAACACUGCAAUACGUGCAUUUAAUGAAGGUCUAUGUUAAGUUAUUUUCUAACAGGAAUAAGAGAACAAAUAUACUUACAAAAAGUUUGCGAUAUUUGACUUUCGGGUGACAAUGACUUCUCAUGCUGUUCACAAGUAGACUUAUUGUCUGUUGAGGCAUGGCAUCCUAUUCUUCUAGAAGGGCGACCCGCCAAGAAGAAGUUUCUCUGUUGCAACAUGCUGAUGACACUCUAAGCUCAGUGGCCACUUCUGUCUGAGAACAUCUUGUUUGAACCCUCACAGUGGUGAGGUACUGUUGAUAGUAGUUAGGUGUGGUCUUGGUCUCAUGAUGUCAAAAUGUGAACAGCAUGAUGAGGAGGACUGUUAAAAUGCCCAUUCUGAUUAAAGCAGGACAUUUAUUGGUCGAUUCAUGGAUCAAACAGCAAGUUGUGCAAAAAGUACUGAAACAUGGAACAGUUGGACAUGUGCAUUCAAAGGUUUAGAGAAGACCACGUUAAGUCUACCUGUAAAGGUUGUAAUGAAUUGUAUGUUGAUCCUAAAAUUUGUAUUGCCAUAUUUCUGACGUUUGUCUCUCUGAUUAAUAAAGCUGGAAACGUCGGCAAGUAGAAAUCAAAUGCCAUUUUAAAAGACUAAACCAUUAAGUGUAUUUUUUGAGAUUUUGUGGUAUUACAUUCCUCUAUUGAAAUGCAGUGCAUUUAUUCAGUUUGAUUAAACUUGUGUUUCUCAUGUGUUUUGAUGUUAUGGUAAAAUCACCUAGAAAGAUGUGCUAUUUUGGGGAUUUUAUUUUGAAGGCCAGAACCACUGACUUCCGAUCCUUAAACACGGUGCCGCAGCCAGCAAAUAUUAAAACACCCGGGUAGGAUUGAGCAAGUUUGGAAGAAAAAAGGGGCAGAAAUUGGAACAAGCAAAUGAUAUAGGAGGACGCAGAUAAAACAGGGAGAGAGGAAAGCUGCUGGACCAGCCGCUCCUGGUACCCAGAGGAGGGUGAGAGGCUGGGACGGAUCGCUUGUGUCCUGGGUGCCAGACGGAGUCUGUUCCGCCGUCCGUCUUCAGCGGGAGCGCCUUUGUGUUAAAAGCAGAAUGAUUGUAAUGAGGCGCUAGCUGUGUCCGAGCUGCACAGCAGGACCUUGAAUCUGCCUCAUCCUACUUUGUAGCGUCCUGUGUGUCACUGACCGCAUCACCCAUGCGAUAGUUUACUGCUGAUGACGUGUUGCUGAGCAAAUCCUCCGGUUUAAAGAUGGUAGAAUGAAUGCGGUUCUCCGUCAGUCUGGUCUCGAUGAGCGGUUCCUGAUAUUUCCCAGUCCGGCUGCAGCGUGAGCAGGAAAUCCUGAGGAGAAGGCCCGGCCAUCCCUCUGAUCAGAACAAACAAACCAAACAGCGGCGCCCAGCGUUGUUUACAUUCGCGCAUUAAUCUCUCGUCAUAUCUACGUGGAUGCCCCGUAGUUCGGGGGACAGUUUUGCAACAUGACGAGCCUGCGUCAGAGGAAAGGCAGCAGGGGGAAGGAGGCGUCUCCGGCUGCUGAAGUUCAGUCCCAGCAGUCCAACUGUUGCACCCAUCACCAUGCAGGCAAGAUCCUACAGGGCAAUUGGUCAUGGGGGGCUAUAAUCUGGACAUCGAUUGGUUGGUCUGUUUCUGUUGGCCUUGGACUUCUGUGCUCCAUCUACGUGGCCACGCUUCAUGAGAAUGACCUGUGGUUCUCCAACAUCAAGGAAGUGGAGCGCGAGAUCUCCUUUCGGACAGAAUGUGGGCUCUACUACUCCUACUACAAACAAAUGUUGCAGGCACCAUCCAUACAGGAAGGGCUGUCAGUGCUGAUCCACGAUAACUUGACGGAAUCCAAGAGGACCAUUAAUCUCUUACAACGGAUGAAUAUCUACCAAGAGGUGUUUCUCAGUAUUCUCUACAGGCUGCUGCCCUUACAGGCGUAUCUGGAGCCUGUGUAUUUCUACAUUUACACAGUGUUCUCGCUCCAAGCCGUAUAUGUGAUUGCUCUGUACCUCACAGCAUGGCUCCUCUCUGGCUCCUGGCUCGCUGGUACACUAACUGGAGUCUGGUAUAUUCUUAAUAGGGUAGAUACCACUCGUGUAGAGUUCACCAUCUCCCUCAGGGAGAACUGGUCGUUGCCCUUCUUUGCGCUGCAGGUCACUGCUAUCACUUGUUACCUCAGGCCUCAGCUCAGCGCAUUACAGCAGAAGGUGAUGGUGUGGCUGAUGUACGUGACUACAUUUUGUUUCUGUCUGACGUGGCAGUUUAAUCAGUUCAUUCUACUCGUUCAAGCUCUCAUUAUUUACACCCUGGACUGUGUCGACCUCUUAACAACUACGCAGGCGACGACCCUGUACCUUGUUCAAGUGAGCAGCCUGCUGAGCGUUUGGCUGCUGCAGUUCUGUAACUCCAUGAUCCUGGGAUCGCUGGUGCUGAGCUUCAAUGUGGCAGCACUGUUCAUUAGACACUGCCAGUCUGCUUUGAAGACUGGAGGCCUGCUGGUUCGUUUAGUCAAAGUUCUUCUCCACAGUGUCCUGGUUCUCCUGCUCACCUUCAUCAUCAACUACUUGACUAAGAGAGCGCUUCAGCUCAGAUCAGACGAGCACAUUUUUAAAUUCAUCAAGUCAAAGUUUGCCUUGGGGCCAACGAGGGAUUUUGAUGCCAGUCUAUAUCUGUGUGAGGAGGCCUUUGGGCUUCUACCCCUGGACACAUUGGAGCGCCUGGCUGGUACCCUGCUGUUAUACCCAUACAUCCCCACUGUGCUGCUGCUCAGUGGCAUGUUAGCAGUGGCAGUGCUGCAGAACCUCAGGCCUAAAGGAGGUUUAGCAGAAGAGAAGAGAGGAGCUGCAGAGGGUCGGGUGGAGGCUUUCCGACCAGAUGUGGCCUACAACCUGCUACACACUGUGCUCUAUGGCCUCCUGGCUUUUAGCACUAUGAGAAUGAAAUACAUUUGGACAGGUCACAUGUGUGCGGUCGCAGCCUAUGGUGUGUGUGGGACUGAGCUGUGGACUCUGCUUCUUAAAGCUCUCCGCUGCAACACUAAAGUUCUGCUGCGGGUUGUCAGAUGUGCGGUUCCAGUACUGAUGAUUGGCUGGCUGCAUUACAAGUUCUGGCCUAAGCUGAUGGAGGAGCUAUCAGAGCUGAGGGAGUUCUAUGAUCCAGACACUGUGGAGCUGAUGACCUGGAUUAGCACGAAGACCCCGAAGCAAGCGGUGUUUGCUGGAAGCAUGCAGCUCCUGGCCGGCAUCAAGCUGUGCACAGGCAGAGUUCUCACCAACCACCCACAUUAUGAAGAUAAAGACCUGCGGGAGCGGACCAGACAGGUGUAUCAGGUGUAUGCUCGGCGGUCCCCGGAGGAAGUGUAUGACAUCCUGAGGGCGGUGGGGGCCGACUACGUGGUGCUGGAGAACAGCAUCUGCUACGAGCGGAGGCACAGGCGAGGCUGCAGACUGCGGGACCUGCUCGACCUGGCCAACGGACAUAUCAUGGACGGACCAGGUGAGAAUGACCCAGACCUUGUCCCCUCCGCCCACCCUCGAUUUUGCGAGGCCAUCAAGACGGACGCUGCACCUUACACCACGCUGUUCACCAGAACAUUCCAAAACAAAACAUUCUAUGUCUACCGGCUCAAGAAGAAACGCAAGAAAAGUGCCAACACAUCCUCUGAGCCUGGUGUGAAGCAGUAGCAGGACCAAAAAUCAAGACGAGCAGAGGAGGAUCUGCUGCACUGUACAGAGUUGUGAUCAUGAUUAUUAUUUUGUUCUUCUCUACGCAUGGUUCCAUGAACUGUGGUGUCAAAGCAGCAGGCCAGUUAAAGUGUGGGGUUGCAGUUUUGUUAUUAACAGAUUGUUGAAGCAACUGUUAGAAUGCUGCUGAAAUGUUGUAAGAAAACAAUAAAGAUUAAAGCAGCUCAAGAAUUUCCUUAUGAACACAGUAGAUACCUGAAAGGUCAAAACAUCAAGGUAGUUAUGAUUUAUUUCAGAAAGAUGUAAAAUGAUAUGAAAUAGAAGUAAAACAAAUCCAGUUUUUAUUAAUUACUUUUGUACUAAUAGAAUAAAUACAGCUACAUAUUCGCAAAUUAGAUAAAGUAAAAAAAAAUCUUUAUUUUGUUUUUUCUUUUUUUGUUUUUUUUAACAAAUAAAGUCCGUGGAUCUCAGAUUUUAGAAACCUUCUAAGGCAGCAAACUGUUUUCCAUUUAAAAAACUAAAUCAGUCCAGGGCUUUUUUUGCCUGCCACUAAUUUCAGGAGAUAUUAGCCAUGUCUUCUACAAAGUGUCAAGCUUACAUGAUGAAGGCGGGAGACUGGGUGAGAAUAAGGUGCUGUUUACAUGACAACAAUCCAUUGAAAACUGGAUUUCUUCUCCGUUUCUGUUGACCCGUCUAGACAUUUUAUUUAUAAUCUUCAUUCACACUGCAACAAUUGAGACGUGAAGGUGGUGUUAUUCCUCCGCCACGCCACUAGUAGGCGGUAGGUUCUGAAAAUCAACAACAUGCGCAAACACUUCCUGCUUACAGGAAAAAUGAACACUUUGUAAGAAAGCAGUUGUUAGAUUCAAAAGACUCGGCAGCACAAGUAACUACUUUGCAAACCGCAGUUGUUAUUUUUAAUAUCUUCAUCUUCCGUGGGGUUUAAACUGGACGGCAGCAUUUAUGUUGUGCGCAUGCGCAUUAAUUCCCGCCUAUUUCAAUCAUACUGCGCAUGAGCAAUUGGGCCAUUAUCAGAAAAAACAGGCACCGUUGUCAUGCAGACGAACAGUAGAAAUACAGCUAAGCUUUUUUAUUUUUAUUAGAGAACCUCACCGCAUUAACAGGUCCUGUUUUUUGUAGCGUUUUUGCUAUAUUAGUUGAAUGCUAAUUUAUUGGAUCUGUCCUUGUUUACAACAGACCUAAAACAUCAACUAGCUCUGGGAAUGAUUUAUUUAUAAAUACUAGCUUCUAUGGCACCUAGUUUCUAGGAAUUUUCCUGGGCCUUGUCCACAUAAAUCAUCAUUUGUUAACACUGAAGACAACUAACUACAACAUAGUAAAUAUGCCAGGCCGGUACGUGGAGCUGUAACUCCUAUUUGAAAAUCUGUCAGGCACACAGAAGAAGGCCUGGAACACAUGCUGCAUUUAGGGCUGAGUUAGAUGAGAUAUAUCAUUUUCCAAAAGCUCCACAUUUAAUAUACAGUGUUUUAAGAUUCGUGUAGGUUCUAAAACAUCUACCAGAAUUCCGAGAUUUAGAGACAUUUCCCAAAAACUAAAAAUCUUUAACACCAUUCCUGUGUUGACAGUAUCUGAAACUGCUAGCUGUUAACUGAGAUAAUGCUAGCUAUAGUACACAUCCUGUGAGUUGUAAUGGUGCAUUGCAUCUUAAAAUGGAAAUGAAGAUUUUCCCAUCAAUAAAGAUAGAUAGAAAUCCCCUCAAUAGCGAAGUUUCCACCUUAAAAAUUCAAAUUCCAACAUGGUUUCCCUGCAUAUACUAGUGUUCAGCAUAGAACUGAAAAACGUUUUCAGUCAUUCCAAACCCCACCCCCAAAUUUCUUGAAAACAGAUUUUUCAUAUGCUGAUGCAACGUCAACAUAAUUAAGUCAAUAUUCAUGUCAUGGAAACAGAUCCCAAACCACAAACUGUCAACAAACUUUUAGGUUUCUUAAGGCAAAAUGAAAUGAUACAACCAUCCACCAAAAGCAAGCAAAGCAGACACACUUGUGGCUUCUGUAUUGUUAUUUUUUGCUUUUAUUUCUCCUUAUUUUCUAUGUUUAUUCAUAAGAAUUGACAUUACUGCCAAACCCUACAUUAUUUGGGAUGUCCUGGUAAGGUUAGGGCUAAGAAUGAAGAAUUGGUGAAGAUGGUGAGGCACAACCUCUUCCUUUAAGCAGUUAUUUCCUUAAAAAGUUGUUUCUAUGUUGACGGAGCGGUUUGCCGUUGGUCAUAAGCACUCAGAUUUAAUAUUUUUCUUAGCUCCACUCUCUUGAGUGAACCCCAGAUCGGUGUCACUUUUUGUCACUGUUUGACCGCAGGGUUAACUCUAACCAGUUACCCUUUAAAAGGAAAACAAUGAGGUUAAUUAUCCUUUUUUUGUCACAAAUCUCAGGUCGGAGCUGCUUCCUGGUGAUAUUUGUGUCGCUUUUGUUGUUGUGAUUGCUGUCAUGUUUUUCUUUAUGUCGGCUUUGUGACUCGUCAGCGGCAGUCUCAACCUUUUCACUCCUCUCGCUCUUGCAUACAAACACGCAUGAAUAAUGUAAGCUGUGAGGAAAUUGCAGCAGGCUGACAACUGCACUGAUUCCUUGUUCCAAUUCAAAAUCAUUCGGGGGAAAGAAAAGAGAGGUGGGUGGCGGAGAGUAUGGCAACACUCGCAUAUCAAACCAAGGCUUUGUGCUCAGAAAGAUAGUGGAAGGAGAAGGAGAAAGAAAGUAGAGAAAUGAGAGCAGACCCCAACUUGGACCCAUAAUGAUCUAAAGCCUUGAUUGCUUUAUCUUCCCAGCUGAAGGGGGGGGAGAGCUGCAGAUGCCAGUCAGACAUGGUGCUGUUGUGUGUGUGUUAUGUGUGUAUGGUCUGCUGCUCUCUUUUCUCCCCACACCCUAGCUUUCCAGUAUUUGUGCACAUGUUAAUAGAACCCUCGCUCUUUGAUUAUUUACACCCUCCUGCUUUAGAAACGUGUUGUUCAUUAUCUCCCCUGCCUCAUCAUAAUGCAUACCAAUUGGGUCAGAGGAGCUUGUUCUUCUGUCCUACCUUCAUAUUGAAUGUUUAAUUAAAGAGAUGCUGGCUUGCUUAAGUUGACAGAAAAGUGAUUCCAUUAUGUUUGCUUAAUAGGAGUGUACUAAUGUAAUAUUUUUUCAGCACUGGUAAUUUCCAUACAUAUUGGGAUUAGUGGUUCAUUCACACGCGUGCUGUUGUACUUAUGGUGUUCUUUAAUAAAAAGUGGAUGAAGUGAGCAUAGUUCUGCUGCCUCUGAAAGAACAAAGUGAGUGAAACUACAAUAAAAUUUGAACACAAUAACUGGACAGCUCUGUGCACUUGGAUGGAUUCACACGUUGAUGUGAGCUCUUUGCUAGAUAUUCAGAGUAAGCUCCCACAGGGUUUGAAAACAGCAACAAGGUCGAUGAGGUGCUGCUUGAUGAUGCUAGGCAUGACACGUCAGGAGCAGAAAUUCAUGGGAACACUAGAAUAUUUUUCUUAAAUGGUAAAAUAGUUUUUCAGCUUGUGGGUUUUUUUCUUACACUGUUUAAUGUCUCUGAACACAUAAGGAACUUUUCUGACAGCGUCUCAUCAGACAAUAUAAACAGUGCUUUGCAAAAGUAUUCAUUCCCUUUAAACUCUGUAACAGUUUGUCUCAUUUAAAACAUAAAUAUUUUAAAUGCCAACAUUAGUGUGAAGUGGAAGCAAAAGAAUAAAUGGUUUUCAACAUGCUACUAAUUAAAUUCUAAAGUGUUUUUACAAAUUAGCUCUGGUUCGGUCAGAACCAACUACAGAUACAGAUUCUCAAUUUGAUUUAGGCCUGGACUUUGACUGGGCCACUCUGCAAAACCAUUCGAUUGUAGCUCCAACUGUGUUCUGCUGAACGGUGAACCUCUGCCUUACUUUCAAAUCUUUUAAGGCCUCUAACAGGUUUUCUUUCAGCAUUUCCUGUAUUUAUUUAUUCCAUUUUACCAUGAACCCUGGCCAGCUUCCCUGGCCAUGCUGUGGAACCCCAUCCCUAUUGUGCUGUCACCGCCAUGCUUUAACGAGGGCAUUUUGUGUUCAGCAUGAUGUAUAGUUAGUGUUCCACCAUCCAGAGCACCAUCUUCCACAUGUUUGCUGUGUCCUUUACUUGGCUUACAGUACACAACUUCUAGCUUUCUUUGAAUGGCUUUCUUCUCUCCACUUUAGCAUAAAAACCUGAUUUGUGGAGUCAACAGAUUCUCCCACCUGAGCUGUGGAGCUCUGCAGCCCUGCCAGAGUUGCCAUGGGCCUCUUGACUGCUUCUCUGAAUAAAUGUUCUCCCUACCUGGAUUGUCAGUUUGGGUCGAUGGCCAAGUUGUGUUAGGUUUGCAGUGCCGCACCUUUUCUGUGUUCAGACGGUGGAUCAAGCAGAGCUUCGUGAGAUGUUCAAAGAUUGGGAUAUUUUUUUUACCUUUAAACUUCCCUACUGAUUUUUCCCUGACCUGUCUGCUGUGUUCCUUGGUCUUCAUGAUGCUGUUUAUUCUCUAAUGUUCUCUAACAAACCUGUGAAGCCAGAAACAGAAAAGCUGCAUUUAUACUGAGAUUAAAUUAUACACAGCUGGACCGAUUAGGUGACAUUUGAAGGUCAGUCAGUCAGUCAUUUUCUACCGCUUAUUCCAUAGUGGGUCGCGGGGGAGCUGGUGCCUAUCUCCAGCAGUCUAUGGGCGAGUGGCGGGGUACACCCUGGACAGGUCGCCAGUCCAUUUGAAGGUAAUUAAUUGAAAUGGAUUCAAUUUAGGGGUAUUAGAGUGAGGUGACUGCAUACAUCCAUACAUACUGUAUGUAUCUGACAUAAAGGAAAUUUACACCAUUUAUCCUUUUUCUUACACUUCACAAUAGCACUACUUUAUGUUGGUGUAUCAUAUAAAAUUCUAAUAAAAUAAGUCAAAGUGUGGCUACAUAAAAUCCCCAAAAAUGAAAUGGUCCAUCAACACCUUUACAGGAAACUGUAAGUCUCCUCCAUUAUUUUGGUGUUCUUCUGUGAUGUAAUCAUGCAGUGUUGUGCCAAAUUACCUGCUGAGAACUAAACGUUGUGUAAAGUAUAAAAACAAGCAGGCCACCAGCUGCUUGUAAUGUCUGCAGUUCAAGCAUUCAAUAAGACGGUAGCUACAGUACUUCAUCAUCACUACACGUUCAUUUGCAGAACAUAUUACACCACCGGGUCAAUGUUUACUCUGUCAGCUCUCGUGCCACGCCCAUUAUUACAGGAGGAAUCCGUAAGCUCUUCUUUUUAUACAUGUAAUAUCAAACACAUGUAUGGUCAGAAAAAUUUUGCUUAAUAAAAGAACUUUCCACCCCC